AUGUCAGUGAAAAUUGUUAACUUGAUAGCGAUCCAAUGCUUUUUGUACACUUACGGCCUAAAUUCGAAUCCUUCUAUAAUUAUAAUUGGCGCUGGACCUUCAGGAAUAGCUGCAGCCACUAAACUAUGGAAGAAUAACUUCACGAAUAUAAAAAUUCUUGAGGCAGAAAACAGAAUCGGCGGACGCGUCCAUAGUGUAAAAUUUGGCGAUGCCUACCUUGACUUAGGGGGUGAGUGGUGCCAUGGGCAGAAAGACAACAUCGUCUACAACAUGGUGAAGCAGUACAAUGUUCUAAGGCAUACAAACACUUCCGUGCAAAUGUAUUAUUCUAAUGGUACUGUACUGGAUGAAGAAUUUUAUUAUAAUCUGGUAGACUUUUCCGAAUCCAUCGAUGCAUCUUUGAAUAAUACCAAGACCGAGGAGAAGUGUGGGAAUUUUUCUUCCACUGGAGAAUGUUUUGAUAGUCUAUUCAACUCCACCUUUGCUGAACUAUACAGGAAUGAUUCUGAUCUGCAGACUAUCAGUGUUGAAGCUGAGAACUGGCUAGAGAAUUAUAUGUUGGGCUUUGACAGUUCCUUCACUUUAUACGAUUUGGCACGCAGGUCUGUCUAUAAAAGAUGCGAAGGAGACCUAACACUGAACUGGAAUGGAAGAGGCUACAAAACCAUCUUAGAAGUGAUGCUGCAGCAGUUCCCUGAUCCAACUCAACAAUUACCAGUUGUCAAUAACAUCCUUCUGAACAGAGAAGUUAGUAGAAUUACUUGGGACAACACGGGCCAAGUUCAAGUUCUUUGUCUUGACAACACCACUUAUCUAGCUGAUCAUGUUAUCUUCACACCUUCUUUAGGAGUUUUAAAAGCCAAUCAUCAAAGUUUGUUUGAACCUGCUUUGCCAGAGGCAAAGGUAGGAGCGAUAAGGAAUAUUGGUUUUGGGGCUAUUAUGAAGAUUAUUUUACAUUUUCCUCAUACCUGGUGGGACACUACACAUCCUUAUUCAUUUAUUUGGAAUGCAGCUGACAGAGAGAGAAUUCUGACUGAAUUUGGAAGAGGACCAGUCAGCAGCGGAGCAUCAUGGUUAACAACGAACUUUGUUUUCUUUACCGCUGACCAGAAUCCAAAAGUCCUGAUAGGCUUUUUCUCUGGGGAAAUGGUUCCCGAAAUGGAACAAGAAGCAGAUGAAGUUCUCACAGCUGGUUGUAUGUAUAUGUUUAGAAAAUUUUUAGGAGGAACGUUUAGCAAUAUAACUGAUCCAGACAGCAUGAUCAAGUCAACAUGGUACAGCAAUCCCCAUUUUCGGGGAACUUUUUCCUUUGAAUCCGCCAAAAACACAGAACAAGGACUACCAAACAUGUUAGCAGCACCACUGACUCGUCGAAAUGGUAAACUAGCUGUCCAGUUUGCUGGAGAAGCCACUCAUCCAUAUUAUUUCUCCACGGUCCAUGGAGCUAUCGAGUCUGGAUACAGGGAAGCUGACAGAUUGAAACGUUAUUAUGCACGAAAUUAGGAAUGUUUUGUCUUCACUGUAGUGCCUGUUUCAAUAUAAAUAAGUCCUUCUAGUAAUUAUUUAUUUGUCAGUAUAUAGAAUGAUUCAGGUUUAAUCUGGAUAACUUCAGGAAUCGAUAGAACAGAUUAAAAUAAUGUGCAUUGAUGAUAUAAACUUAUUUCCUAAAUAGCAUCGUUUCGAAGAUAGAGAGCGUUGA